AUGCACAUCCGUGCAUCCGUGGACAUUGCUUCACUGUUUUGCCUCGUAAGGAUUGCCUUCGCAUCUGAGUUUGUGUAUCAUACCGCGGAAGCACAGCGAGAAGUUCUUCGAAGUCUGCACAGCGCAUACCCGAAACUUACUCGUCUCGAGACUAUUGGCAGAUUUAGCGCCAAUCCGGUGUACACACUCGUCAUUUCCAAGCACGGCAAGCGGCGUUUUAUGAUCCCUCGGGUCCACUUACUCGCGGAUUUCCCGGCUGGUACUGAACUGCUGCUUCAGUUCGGGUCUUAUAUCCUUCAAGAAUAUGGCCGGACUCAAGGAAUCACGAAGCUCAUAGACAGUACCGAAGUGCAUUUAGUUCCAUCACUGGUGACAACAAAUGUCAACGAAACGUCCAAAAAAGACUGUUCCGCAGAUGACAGACCACACGAUUUGGGAAAGUUUCCCGAUUACUUCAACUCCAAUCGGGUCACGGACAGCACUCGAUAUGAAGUGACCGAGGAAGUGAGACUUCUGAUGGAAUGGCUAAGGAGAGGCAAGUUUGUUCUCGGUGGCCACUUAAAAGGUGGAAUGGGGGACCUCGUUGCUGCCUACGGCUUUCAUAAUGGGCUUCCGGUGUCAACAACUAAUGUAGCUCCUGACCGUGAUUCAUUGGUACGGCUCGCCAGGAUUUUCGCCGCCAGUCAUCCUCGAAUGAAAUAUGGAGCAGCACAGUGCCCCGGAGGGCACUUGGGAGGCUUUCCUGGUGGCGUUACCAACGCCCUCUCUUGGAAAAGACAACCAGGGCUCCUCCAAGACUAUGCGUACGUGCACGAAGGCACCCUCGUAGUGACUCUGUCUGUUUCUUGUUGUAGAAUUCCUCAACAAUCCCAACUGCAGACCCUAUGGAAUGAAAACCGAAUUCCCCUUCUCGCCUUCUUGAAGGAGGUUCAUCGCGGAGUCCGUGGUUAUGUGAAAAACGUGGACGGUACACACGUUCCUGGGGCUUCACUCGUCAUUAAGGGCCGAAAUGUAGCGUUCAAGUCGUCCGAGCAAGGAGAAUUCUGGAGAAUACUAUUGCCGGGAGACUAUGAGCUCCUUGUCAGCGCCACUGGAUUCUUACCAGCAGCAGUGCACUUCUCCAGCGUAGAGGCGGACGAGAAGGUUGCAGCUCCAGAAUUCGCAGUCGGGCUGGAAUUAUCUUCGCUUUAUCAACAACUGUGA